CAGGAAGCUUGCAGCCAGUUACUUCAACUUACGGAAUAAGUGCAGUAUGCCUACCCUCGAAGACUUUUUCACGCCCAUUGACGAGCUGAGGUACAGCGAACCUUCUUAUUUUACCAGCAGUAUGUCUAGCCAGUCAACCAGCACUGGAGCAUUCGCUCAGAAAACUCCAGUCAUGGCUCUCGAUGAAGGUUCCCGACGAGUUUAUGGAGUUGCACCAGAAUAUCAACUUAUCUCGGAGGUGCCGACCUUCAAAAUAUCCUGCCAACUAGCUGGCAAGUUCGUGACUUGCGAUGCUAAAACAAAGAAAACGGCAAAACACCUUGCUGCGCGAGCGAUGCUCCAUGAAGUGAUCAACAAAGGUAGACAUGCUGAAUUCGGUAUCCCCGGUGAAACGAUGCAGGAAGCCCAUCAGGCUGUUGAUGCGCUUGUCUUUGGCGAUGCACGCAAUGAAGGAAUUGAAGAUGAGAUGUUAUCGCCCGAAACUCUGAACGAAAACUACUCAGGGAAACUUCUACAACUGUGUCAGAGAAAAAGCAUCGAGCCUCCACAAUACUCUGUGAGUGAAGAGGGACCCCCAAAUGAUAGGACAUAUACGACUAUCUGUAGGGUUGUCAAUCAAGAGGCCAAAGGUGUCGCCAAGCAAAAAAAGGUUUCAAAGAACAUAGCCUCCCAAAGAAUGCUCAACCUUCUCAUGGAAGGCAUCGGCAAGAUGAAUGAAGAUCUAGAUCUAGAGAAAGCUGGCACUCCAUCUAAAGAGAACCACGAAGAAAAUGCGGAUACUGAAGUACCUGGGGCAGAUAUGACUACGCCUACUGCACCGUUGGAUUGGGAAAAGCCAUCUUCUAAUGCCGUGGAAACGCUUAAAGAGAUUCUGUCGGAUCCGAAAAAAUUCGAUGCACCGACACAGGAAUAUCGUAUCAUCGAGAACAAAUCUGCUUUUGGACUGACACAGUGUUUAUUGAAAAUCGUCUUCGCGAAACCAGGAGAACAACAGCGGACUCCAUUUGUGUUCCCUGGCGAACAUACAACUGAAGAAGGAGCAAAACAGCAAGCUGCUCACCGCGCAGUUCUUUUCUUGACAUCAUAAAUUGUGCCUAUCUUUAUUCCAACAUACGAUAUGCUGCUCAAAACCUCUUCCAUGUAGUUUUCGGACGCUUGCUUUCUUUUUCUUUGUGAAUUUACCUGUCAACAUUCUAACGACUGUCAGCUGUUAUGUCAAGAUUUUUCCGUUUUUCAGUUUUUUCGAAAACGUUUGCUAUGACGUUAUGUCUGUGAGAGGUCGUGCUCUGCAGCCUGUAAUGCUGCAUGGAUUGAAAGAUGCUUUGAACCAGCAAGCUGUUCUCAGGCUAUGUGCAAUUUUUGAAGACUUUUGUUUUUUUUAUAUGGAUAGAAUUUUUUGAGAGUUGAAGUACUUGCUGC